UUAUUGAUGACAAAGUUUACUGCUAUUGUUAAUACUGUACAGAAGUGUGUGUACAGAAAGAAUUGAUUAAGAGAACCGUUCAAUAUUAAUCUAUCUAUCUAUUUAUCUAUCACGAUAGCACUGAUGCUAAUAUUUGUAUCAAUGCUAUCGACAUUUGGCUCGCCCCGCUCACUUCUGGUUCAUUCUCACAGACGCCACAACAAGCGCAACGUUCACCUACAAAAAGACCGGUUGUUGUUUGCUUUCACGACGUGAAUCGGGCGCCAUGAGUUCGGACGCGGUGUUGUUGAUAGAGACGGUUGAUUUCGCCGCUAAAAAACACCGACAGCAGCGUCGCAAAGACGAAGAGGGGACGCCGUAUAUUAACCACCCGAUUGGAGUCGCAAGGAUUCUCAGCCACGAAGGGGGCGUCACAGAUGUCGAGACUUUACAAGCCGCUCUGCUUCACGACACUUUGGAAGACACCGACACGAUACCCGAAGAGCUGGAAACAAAGUUUGGGCCGAUUGUUACUCGCAUCGUGCAGGAAGUGACCGAUGAUAAGAGUUUGCCCAAACAGGAGAGGAAGCGUUUGCAGGUGGAACGUGCUCCUCACUGCAGCCACCAGGCCAAACUGGUCAAACUGGCUGAUAAACUGUAUAACCUCAGGGACCUGAACUGCAGCACGCCUGUCGGUUGGACAGGUGAGCGAGUGCAGCAGUAUUUCGUGUGGGCGUCUGAGGUGGUGAAAGGCUUGAAAGGCACCAAUUCAGCCCUGGAGGAAAAGCUGGCGGAGUUGUUCAAACAGAGAGGAGUGCAGCUCUGAAUAAUCAUGUUUUUGCAUCGUUGGUAAAUGUUUGAAUUAAAUUACAUAUUUCAUAUGUU